AUGUCGGGCCGAGGCAAGGGCGGAAAGGGUUUGGGAAAGGGAGGCGCGAAGCGUCACCGCAAGGUGUUGCGCGAUAACAUCCAGGGUAUUACGAAGCCGGCUAUCCGCCGUCUGGCGCGUCGUGGUGGUGUGAAGCGUAUUUCUGGUCUCAUUUACGAAGAGAUCCGUGGUGUCUUGAAGGUGUUCCUUGAGAACAUCAUCAAGGACUCCGUCACCUACACGGAGCAUGCCCGCAGAAAGACCGUCACCGCCAUGGAUAUCGUCUACUCCCUCAAGCGCCAGGGCAGAACCCUGUACGGUUUCGGUGGUUAA